GACGUGGACACGGACAUCUACUCCAAGGCGCUGGUGACCGCCGUGUACCUGGCGCUCUUCGCGGUGGGCACGGUGGGCAACACGGUGACGGUGUUCACGCUGGCGCGAAAGAAGUCGCUGCAGAGCCUGCAGAGCACUGUGCACUACCACCUGGGUAGCCUGGCGCUCUCCGACCUGCUCAUCCUGCUGCUGGCCAUGCCCGUGGAGCUGUACAACUUCAUCUGGGUGCACCACCCCUGGGCCUUCGGGGAUGCCGUCUGCAGGGGCUACUACUUCCUGCGAGACGCCUGCACCUACGCCACGGCCCUCAACGUGGCCAGCCUGAGCCUGGAGCGCUACCUGGCCAUCUGCCACCCCUUCAAGGCCAAGACCCUCAUGUCUCGAAGCCGCACCAAGAAGUUCAUCAGCGCCAUCUGGGUCGCCGCGGGCCUGCUGGCUGUGCCCAUGCUCUUCACCAUGGGCCAGCAGAGCCGCGGCGCAGGCGGCCGAGGAGGGGGUGGUGUGGCCUGCUGCCAGACAGUCCACUCUGCGACUGUCUCCUUUUCCCCGCAGAUCAAUACCUUCAUGUCUUUCGUGUUCCCCAUGGUGGUCAUCUCCAUCCUCAACACCAUCAUCGCCAGCAAACUGACAGCCAUGGUCCGCCAGGCAGCCGAACAGGGCCACGUGUGCACGGUUGGCGACAAGCACAGCUCGUUCAGCAUGUCCGUCGAGCCCGGGCGGGUCCAGGCUCUACGCCACGGAGUCCGAGUUUUACGCGCCGUGGUCAUCGCCUUCGUGGUCUGCUGGCUGCCCUACCACGUGCGGCGUCUCAUGUUCUGCUACAUUUCUGAUGAGCAGUGGACCCCGUUCCUCUACGAUUUCUACCACUACUUCUACAUGCUGACCAACGCCCUCUUCUACGUCAGCUCUGCCGCCAACCCCGUCCUGUACAACCUCGUCUCCGCCAACUUCCGCCAGACCUUCCUGGCCACCCUGGCCUGCCUCUGUCCCCUGUGGGGGCGCAGGAGCAAGAGACCUGCCUUCUCCAGGAAGACCAACAGUGUGUCCAGCAACCACACCUUCUCCAGCAAUGUCACCAGGGAGACACUGUACUAGGGCUGGGGAGGGCAGGUGACAGGUGACUGGUGUCAGCAAUGCCAGGGAGGGGCAGGGAGGGGGCUGCGAGGAGGCUGGGAGAAGG